CUAAGCAGAACUGCAAAUGGCUUGCAAAUGAACAUGACUCCAAACUGAAGUGCAAAUACUUGGGCAUACUUUCACCUUCAAACAGUACUGGAAAAAUAGGGUGGCUACUGUUUGCGCUGGGAAACCAGCUUGCUCGCAAUCAACGCCCAUUCCUCCCCUAAGCAGUUUCUAAAUGGAGAAAUUAAAUGCAAGAUAGUGCCAAUGUUGUCUGACUUGGUGACUCUGAUACUGCUCAUAUUACAGCUAGCGGCCUUGUAUUUUGCUCUCUGGACGCGAUAUUUAAUUUAAGCCAAUACUUUCUCAUGGACACGUUUACUCGUAGGGCAGGGGUAUAUUUUCCUCAAACCAAAACAUCACCAUUUUGAAGCUGCGGGAGCCGCAAGCAUGUAGGUGUUUUGUGCUUGCUCUCGUUUCGAAAACAAACAACAAACCGGUGCUCAAAAAAACCCCCUCUCUUUAAAUAUUGCAUAUAUUUGAACCCUCUUUUCUUUUCCUUUGAAGAUACUCUCUACAUCACCAAAGGAGUUUCAGCAGUGGGAAGUAAUUAGCUGGCUCCAUACCAAGUGUUUAACGUAUAUAAAAAAAGGAGGCUCUCUCUAAUCUGCCUGCUUUAUCCAUUUAUAUCUGUGUGAAGCAAGGGGCCAUUCCUUGCCAUACCAUAAACCCUGCUUCUAGAGAGAAAUAUAAGAGAAGUAUGAAAACGCAAAGGAAAAUACUAAAGCGAGAUGACAAAAAACCCCACCCCACUUAAAAAAAAAAAAAAAAAAGAAAAAGGAAAGAAAAAAAGAGAGAAGAAAAAAGGAAGAAAACAAGCUAAGAGAGUAAUAAAUCAUUAAAUAAACAGGAAUUUCAGUCCCUUCCUCAUACCGGCCCGCGAGUAGGAAGUGUUUUCUCAGUGCUGUUGUUUGUGCCCUCGGCGGGCUGUGCUGCGGGCUCUCCACUAACUCUGUGCGUUUCCUCCAGAUCCCGACACAGCCGCCGUCCCUCGGUCGGGAGAGCAGGCAUGGGCAGACGACCAUGGGCCAUGAAAGCGAAGAAGUUUACGGGAGUAGAUUCGUCCAGGGAGGUCACAGUGCGACCUCCAGGCCAUCAGGUGUUGCAGAGAGUUCAGAUUUUUCCUCCUGUAGCUUUGCACCAAAAUCCACCGUGUUCUCCACCUCCUGGUCCACGGUUCACCCUCAGCCGUCUGCGGCAAUGACCGGGAUCUACCACCCCUACAUGCAUCAGCCCCACUUAGGGGCAGCCGACGCCGGCCGCUACGUGCGCUCCUGGAUUGAGCCCUUCCCGGGCUUCCCGGGCGGCGGCGGCGGCGGUGGCGGCGGCGGCGGCGGCGGCAGCGGCGGCUCCGCGUCCAGCUCCGGCUCCUCCAACGGGCGCCACUACGGGAUAAAGCCGGAGACGGGAGCAGCCGCCUCCUCGUCUUCCUCCUCCUCCUCCUCCUCCUCCUCCUCCAAAAGGACUGAGUGCUCCUCGUCCCGGGAGUCCCAGGGGAUCGGUGUGCCCGAGUACACGUGCAGCUCCUUCCUCCAGGAGCCCCGGGAGAAGGCGGCUGCCGGCAGCUCCAAGGACCCCGCCGUCUGCAGCCACAACCCCAGCCCGAGCAGCGAUCUGAAGGAGGAGAAACAGCAGCAACUUGACCCAAAUAACCCUGCAGCAAACUGGAUCCACGCUCGUUCAACGAGGAAAAAGCGUUGUCCCUACACAAAGUAUCAAACUCUGGAACUGGAAAAGGAAUUUCUCUUUAACAUGUACCUCACCCGAGACCGCCGUUACGAAGUAGCUAGGAUUUUAAAUCUCACAGAGAGACAGGUCAAAAUCUGGUUUCAGAACAGAAGAAUGAAAAUGAAAAAGAUGAACAAGGAGAAAGGCAAUAAAGGAGACUAACGCUGGGGUAGAAACGCAGUUGGGGAAUAUUGCUUUAGGUUUGAGUUUGGGGCUCUGGGGUUUUGUUUUGGGUUUGGGUUUUUGGGGUGGUUUUUGUUGGUGGGUAGUUUACUUUUUUUUCUGGUUUGCUUUUAUUCUUCCCUUGGCCCUUCAGCCCCCACUACGUUUCUCCUCCUUCUCCCGUGCCCCCCCACCCCAGGAUCAAUCUGGUCUUUUUUUUUUUUUUUUUUUUUUUUAGAUAGAAGUGAAACGUGGUCUAUGUCAGGUAUUUUGGGAAAUUUUGUCUUGCUCGCCAACGUGUUUUGCAGAGUCGCUUCACCCACCCCCACCCCCCUCC